ACUAAUCAACCUAAGUUUAUAAAGGCAGGUUUUUGAUCCCAGCGAAUUAAAUUCAUUAUUUUGCUUUUGCACAACACAAACAAACAAACCCUAAGCGUAACGAAGAAGAAAAAUUGCUCACGCAAAUAUGGCGAAAAGCUCCUUCAAAUUGGAACAUCCUCUCGAGAGGAGGCAGGCAGAGUCAGCCCGUAUUAGGGAGAAAUAUCCUGAUAGAAUACCGGUAAUUGUUGAGAGGGCUGAAAGAAGUGACAUACCUGACAUUGACAAAAAGAAAUAUCUGGUUCCUGCUGAUCUUACUGUUGGUCAGUUCGUUUAUGUGGUCCGGAAGAGAAUCAAGCUCAGUGCUGAGAAGGCUAUAUUUAUCUUUGUCAAGAACAUUUUACCACCUACUGCUGCUAUGAUGUCUGCAAUUUAUGAGGAAAACAAAGAUGAAGAUGGCUUCCUUUACAUGACGUACAGCGGUGAGAACACAUUUGGAGAAUCAGUUUGAGUGCAGUCAAGUCUCAAGCUAAAAUCAUGUAAUUAAGCUUUUAAGAAGAAAAUUAAGAAACUGUAAAUUCUUGUCUUCUGUUUCUUACUGUGGGCGGCCUUUGUCGAAACUUGCUAUUGUGCUGCCGCUCAUAAAGUCUGGACAUAUGAUCUGCUACUGAUGUAGAUGCAGUACAUGAUUUCUCUUAUAUUGCUAUAGAUUAGUAUUAAGUACAUUAAAAGUAAUUUAACAUUUUAAUUAAGUUUGCAUAUUUUAAUUA